AUGGAUUUCGAUGAAAUAUAUAAAAAUUACGAAAAAUUCGAUACAUAUCAAAAAAUGAUAAUUUAUUUAAUAUUAUUACCCGCUGUCGUACCUUGCGGUUUUCACGCUUACAAUCAAAUAUUCAUAUCGGGAAAACCAAAUUUUUUUUGCAUUAAUUUCGACAGAAAUUUAAGUUUUAACGAGUAUCAAGAAAAUUCGAGUAUCCAUUUAAACGAAUGUCGUACGAAUACAACAACAGGAAAAAUGGAUAAUUUAUGCGAUACCGGAAGUUUUAUUUACGAUUUAUCGAAAUAUUCUUCAACUGUCGUCACCGAGUGGGAUUUGAUAUGUAAAAAUGAUUUUUUACCAACUUUAGCUUUGAUCACUUUCGGAAUCGGUGGAUUUAUCGGAAAUUACGUCAUAGGAAACAUACAAGAUUUGUACGGUCGUAAAAUUAGUUUUUACAUUUGUUUAGUCGUACAAAUAAUUUUUAGUACGGCAUCCGCUUUUGCCACGUCAUUUUGGAUUUGGAUGUUGUUGAGAUUUUGCGUUGGAUUUACUGUACCCGCCAUAUUGGAAUCUCCCUUCGUUUUAGCCGUGGAAUUAGUCGGACCGAAAGAUCGAACUUAUUGCACGAUAUUAAUUAACAUCGCAUAUUCGAUCGGUUUGGUUUUGUUAUCAGGAAUUUUUUACAUGAUAAGAGAUUGGAGAAAUUUAACAUUGGCUACGACGUUACCUUUUUUAUCAUUAUUUUUUUAUUGGUGGAUCAUGCCGGAAUCACCGAGAUGGCUUUUCGCCAGAGGAAAAUACGACGAAUGUUUAAAAAUAUUAAAUAAAAUUGAAAGAGUUAAUAAUAUACAAUUUGAAUCCGAUCACGUGAUUCAUUUAAAGGAAAAUUUUUUAAAAGUUAAUGAUAAUAAUAUUGAUAAUGAUAAAAAAUGUUCAGAAAAUUUCGGUGUGAGUUAUUUGUUCAGGUAUAGAAAUUUAAAAAGGAAAACUAUUUUGAUAACUUUUAUUUGGUUCAGCAUCACGGCCGUUUACGUCGGUUUGUCUUAUUACGCUCCUGCCAUCGGUAACGACGAUGAAUUUUUUAAUUUUUUCUUAGCCGGUGCCGUUGAAUUACCCACGUACGUCAUUUUAUGGCCGGCAAUGGAAAAAAUUGGAAGGCGGUGGAUAUUGAGUUUUAGCAUGGCUUUGGGUGGAUUCGCAUGUUCUGCAACUUUUUUCACGCAAAAUAAUAAAAUACCCACACUCGUUUUAUACUGUUUGGGAAAAAUUGGAAUUUCGUCUAGUUUUGUAGUACUUCCGUUAAUGGCGUCAGAAAUAUAUCCGACAGUAGUUAGAGGAAUCGGUAUAAGUUUUAGUUCCGUCGUCGGACAAAUCGGACCUAUAAUUAUACCAUUGAUUAAUUAUUUGGGAAAAGAAUAUCUUGUAUUUCCUUUACUCGUUAUGGGAACUUUACUUUUAUUGGGUAGCAUUGCGAGUAUGAUUUUACCGGAAACGUUAAAUCAAAAUUUACCGGAUACGUUUGAAGAAUCCGAAUCCGUUGAAAAUCAUUCUUAUUUAUGGCGAGUAUAA